GAAUUUUUAUAUAUCUUGGACCAUAAAAACCAUUAUGUUCUAUGAUACAUCCACAUUUUGGCUUACAAUAAUGAUUGUAAUAUUAGUUUGCGAUAAUAUAUGGUUUAUCUAUAUCAACUAUAGGCAGAUUAAAGUGCUCAAAAAUACGUAUAACGUGCCACGAAUAUUAAGUAAAUAUAUUACACCUAAUCAAUUAAAUCAGCUACGAGUAUUUGGAUUACAUAAAAUUAAGUUUAUUAUGUGUAAAAUAUUUAUUGGAGCCCUGGUGUUUGGUUUUUUGGAACUAUAUCUCGGUCUAUUCCCCUUCCUAUGGGACGUGGCCCUUUGUAUAUCCCAAAGUGAUAAUGAAACCAUUCUCAGUCUAUUCUUUGUAUUCUUGUUAAGUUUAUAUGUCACUCUGAAAUUGACUCCUGCUCUUGUGUAUGAAAAGUGUAUUUUGAAUCGAGAAGAGACUGGUGAAAUAGAGGGAUCGUUUUGGGUAUUCUUUAUGUCAAGUGUAAGAGGGAUUAUUAUAAAUCAGAUUUACUUUUUGCCCCUUACAUAUGUGAUUAUCAUAAUCGCACAUUAUGUCAACACAUAUACUAUAUUAUUUAUGUGGAUUUUAAUUGGUGUAAUAUCUGUGAUAGUAACUUUUGCAGUGCCUCUCUUAAUUGAGCCCUUAAUAUUUGAGUUUACAAAUAAAAUUCCCGAGACAUUUUAUGAUGAAAUACUCGAUCUUACAGAAUUUGUGGAAUUUCCAAUAUCAAGCAUAUAUAUAAUGAACACAGAUGAUCCAUAUUCAUGUGCAAAUGCCUAUUUCUUUGGUAUGGCCUGUUGCAAACGAAUUGUUCUAAGUGAUACAUUAUUCCUGAACAAGUCAAAUGUAAAGCAAAAAAAGAGCUAUCCAACCGGACGAGGUCUACCAAGAAAACAAGUGGCUGCUGUCGUUGCCCACGAACUGGGACAUUGGAGUCGAUGCCAUUUCUUCAUAACUCUGAUUUUGUCGCAAGUCCAUUUAUUUCUUAGUGUCUUUUUUAUUGGAUUACUCUAUGAAAAUAAAUAUAUUUAUGAAAGUGUUGGCUUUGCACCAGGAGUAUGUCCCAUGGUUGUGGGAAUAAUAUUGGCGCUAUGGUUCAUUAUUACACCCUAUACACGAUUCGCAAAUUGGUUUUUGCUUUUUAUUAUGCGACGUUUUGAAUAUUCGGCUGAUUCGUUUGCUCAAGAUCUUGGAUAUUCAAAGUAUUUGCAGGCUGGACUACUUAAAAUGUUUUUCGAUUGUCCUUAUUGGCCCUUUUUUGAUAGCCUUUAUCUUCAAUUCUAUAGGACACAUCCAACAAUGCUACAAAGAAUUGAAUAUCUCAUUAUGCGCGAUAGCGAAUUUUGAUGAAUAAUUGAUUAUCCAAUUUAUUUUCUAAGAAUGUGUUACGAAAAUUUAAGACGUAUCUUAACAAUGAUUCGAAUUCAGGAUGACGAGUAUUCUGAAGACAUAAAGGAAUCAGAUCCUGAAGAAACAACUCAUCAAAAAGAAUUAGCCAUUAAGUCGCGAUUUCAACUUUCCCUGCCAUCAGAUAUAUGUCCCGAUAAUACAAAGAAUAACUGUUUCCAACCGGGCGGAUUUUUACAUAAUACAAUAUCCUAUGCAUCCCAUAUCGUCAAAUGUAGCUCUCCGGCAUCGAGUAUAGGUGAAUCCCAAACAACUGCACAGUUCGCCGCCGCCAGCUCCCAUAAUAUACAUCUGCCCCAAGGCCAACAUAUGAUGGCCCCGAUUCCAGAUCUUAAUUUCUACAAUAUGCCCGACAUGAUGGCCGAACAGGAGAAGCUUAUAAUGUCUGAUGCUGAAAGAUUUUUAAGAUCAAAAGAGAAUGAAAUGUGCAAUAAUGAAUAUACCCACAUGCAUGAUGAGUUUGCAAUGCGAAAAUUCUAUCAUCCGCUGUUUGCUCAUAACGUUUGCCGUUGGCCGGGAUGUGAGAUGGAUUUGGAAGAUAUAACUGCGUUCGUAAAGCAUCUCAAUUCAGAACACGGCUUGGAUGAUAGAUCCACUGCCCAAGCGCGGGUUCAAAUGCAAGUAGUCUCUCAAUUGGAAACACAUCUUCAAAAAGAAAGAGAUCGAUUGCAGGCCAUGAUGCAUCAUUUAUACUUAUCUAAGCAACUUUUAUCACCAACAAAAUUGGAUCGAAAAGACAUCCCUACAAAAGAUGGCACAUUCUGCAAUAUGACCAGUCCAAUAACAAUUAACAGUAUAGGUCGACCAUUUCAUCAGUCAAGUUCUCCAGGAUCUAUGAAUCUUCCCAUGGUUAACUCAACCAAUAUAUGCGGAAUGAAGAAAAGGAAUCAUGAUAAGAAUACGUUUUCCAUUAAUGGUGGAUUACCUUACAUGCUGGAAAGAGCUGGACUAGAUGUACAACAAGAGAUCCAAAGAAAUCGAGAAUUUUAUAAAAAUGCUGAUGUUCGACCUCCAUUUACUUAUGCGUCUCUUAUAAGACAGGCCAUCAUAGACUCCCCCGACAAGCAAUUAACUUUGAAUGAAAUCUAUAAUUGGUUCCAGAACACAUUUUGUUACUUUCGUCGCAAUGCAGCUACUUGGAAGAUAUAUAGCUAACUGAUGAAAUGGUCUAGCAACUUGGACUUUUUGGCAGAUGAGUAUCUGGAAUUGUCAUUCUGAAUAAAUGCUCUGGUUUCUGCUCCUGAAAAGCCAAUUCGCUGGGCUAUAAAGACGUUAUUUAAAGGAUCCCUAGACGAUUCUUCAGGGAUCCAAGGACUAGCCAAUGCUACAUGGAUUAAAAAGUAAACAAGUAAAGUUGUUUAUAUCAAAAACAAAUGAACAUAGAAAAACAACAAAGAGAUUAUCCGAAAUUGUUGCUUUUCCCAAGAAAAUUCAAUUCGAAACUUUGGAACAAACAAAUUUGCAAUAAUUUGAGCAUAUUUAAACGUAACAGCAAGGGGAAAAUGUAUUGUCAAUAAAUAAUUUU